AUGUCGCUGUUGAGGGGCAACCGAAAUGUCAUAUUGCUGCUGGCAAUCAUCAUUGUCCUCCUCCUCUUUCAUAGCGGCAACAGUAGCAGCUCCAGUGGCGCACCUUUUUUCCACCAUGAAGCCGUGGACUGGUCCCGGUACGCAUACAGCCAGUAUGCCACCGACAGCGCCUAUCUCUGCAAUUCGGUGAUGGUCUUCGAGGCCCUGCAUCGCCUAGGAAGCAGAGCUGGCCGGAUACUCUUUUAUCCCAAGGAGUGGGAUACAGUGGUGUCGAGCUCGAAGGAUCGGGAUAGCCAGCUUCUGGUCAUGGCUAGGGACAAAUACAAGGUCAAGCUCAUACCGACAGAUAUACCUUCUAUCAAGAUCUCCACAAAUGAGACAAGCACCUCAACAUGGACCCAUAGCAUCGGCAAAUUCCUCGCCUUCUCCCAAAUGCAAUACACGCGAAUCCUACACUUAGACUCCGACAUCACGCUCCUCAAGUCCCUGGACGACCUCUUCUUCCUCCCCAGCGCCCCCGUCGCCAUGCCGCGCGCCUACUGGAUGGACACGAACCCCAAGCCCCUAACCUCCCUCCUCGUCCUGCUCGAGCCCUCCCAGUACGAAUCCAACGCGCUGAUGAGCGCCGCUGCUGCCCUUGCGCCGCGCCCUGGAGCAAGGGCUGCGGCGGGCGAAGCAGGGGCAGCAGCAGCAGCGCCCGCAGCAAAAUACGACAUGGAGCUCCUCAACGACCGCUACGCCCCCUCCGCCCUCGUCCUCCCGCACCGUCCCCUCUUCCUCCUGACCGGCGAAUUCCGCCUCCCGCGCGCCUCCCAUAGCGCCUACCUCGGCCCCUCCCCCUCUUCUCCCACUUCCCCCUCCUCUGUCUCCUGGGACCCGGAUCAGGCCCUCUCCUCCGCUUCGCUCGUCCACUUCUCCGACUGGCCACUCCCGAAGCCCUGGAUCAUGUGGCCGCAGGGCCAGCUGGCGGAAAUGGUGCCGCGGUGCUGGGAGAAGCCGGGGACGGCGGAGGAGAAGGGGUGUAGAGAUCGCGAGGUGUGGUUAGGGUUGUAUGCGGAUUUCAGGAAGCGCAGGAAGGAAGUUUGUAGGCUGUUGAGCGUGCCGGCGCCGGAGUGGGCGCCGAGUGAGAGAGGGGCGGGUGGAGGGGUUUAA